UUUCACUUUCGACAACACCCUCAACGCCUUGUUUGUCCGUUUGUUUCCUCAUCCUAACUGUUACUAACUCGCGUUUACCCGACUUUUUCUCUUUUCGCGAAGGGUAAGUAUGCAACUAUUAUUCUCUUAACAGUUGAUUGAGUCAAAUAUCUCGCCCCAAUCGCUGUAUAAAAUUAGGAUGAUCUGACUUCCUGUCUUCACUCAUUUUCAAGAGAGAGAGAAUACUCAAUGUUUCCAGUGACGAAACUCUGGAAACUGCCUUUUAGUAAGUUAGAAGUUAUUAGGAAUAUUUCUUUGUUCUUGUUCCCUGCGAUCUCUCCUUGGUGGCUUUUAUAUUAGUAAACAAAGAAAAUAUUAAACGGAAUUAUUCGCAGUUGAUGAUUUUAUGCCAGUAUUUGUCCUCGCUUUAGUCGUUUCAGAGACCUGAUAUUUAUGCGCUUACGAUCUACUCCAUGCCUUAUAGUUUAAACAGUCGGUGAUUCAGUAAUGGUUGAUACUUAAGUUCAGGGUGAUCGAUGGCCGUAGAUUAAGAAUAAAGGGUUGCUAACUGAGGAUGAAUUGUUCCGAAGUGAAAGAUGCUACAUUCACAAAGCGAGUGUCUCGGGACGUGACCUUCACGCGCGACCGCGUAUUUCACUCACUUUACGCUGAAAGAGAAGAAAACACCUAAAAAAUCUUUGAACAUUGAAUCUGAGACCGUGCUGUUUUGUGUGGUUUUCAGGCUCUUGAGUCUUAAACAGGGUAUGCAAUUUUACCAUUUAGCAUCUAGAACAGGGAGUACUUUUGGACCAGAAACCCUUUUGCGUACGUUUUGAGUAAGAGUGUCAAGGUUACAAGCGUAUACAGAGAUAUGAAAGUUUUUAAACUGACAUCAUUGAAUAAUUUUUUUUUGGAAAAAACGUGUUGGUUACCAACAAGUUUUUUCCAGAGUCUCAUUCAGGUAUAUUGAAUAGUGCUUUAGUACUUCAACUAAAAUAAUUUCAGAGUAAUAAAGCGAGACUUCUUUGAGACAUGUAAGAACCGAGGUUUACCUCCAUUUAAGGGACGAAAACUUUACCCCUCCCCCCACCCCUUAAGUGCUCCUUUUUGAAGUAACGCCUCUAUUCAAGAGACAUCUCCUUUCAAAGUACACAAACUUUGUUUCCCAAACCAAAAAAUGGGUAUACUCUUUGAAUCAGUUACCUACAAAAGAUACGAAUAACAAGGAGUGCAACAUUAGGGCCAUUUAUACGAGGAAAAAUAAGACGCGAACUGUACCAUUUAUACGAGCAUGUCUUAUUUAAGACGAGAGCAGCUCGUAUAAAUGGUUCGCGUCUUAUUUCUGUUCUUGACUCGUUUUCAUGUGAAUGUUGCCCGUAGCAACGGCAAUCUACCGUGGCGCGCCAAAAAUUAACGCAUGCGUACUAUGCGUUCGAUAUAGGACGCGAAGGUCAUUUAUACGAAGUUUUUCUCGUCUUAGGUAAGACGCGUCUUAUCUAAGAACAGGUGUUAAGGGCUGUUCUAAAAUAAGACGCGUCUUAGCUAAGCCGCGUCUUAUUUUAGACAAAAUGUGCCGUUUACACGGAAAGUUCGCGUCUUAUUUAAGACGCGUCCUAUGUAAGACGCGUCUUAUUUUUCCUCGUAUAAAUGACCCUAUUGUGUAAAACUCUUAAGGUGUCAAACGUCAGUUCCAGAUAAGGAAACGAGUGAUCUGCCGUCUUGCCGGGGACAAGAGUCGCUUGCAUUAGAUAUAUCUGAACAUGAAACUUUAUCGUCUACGUAUGUCAUUUCAAUUUUUUUCAUAUGAAAGAAAUCUGAUUCAUUCUUUCCUCACUCAAUUUAACUGGAGAUACUUUGUCAAACUAUAGUUUGCAAAGAUACGUAGGCCUUAGGAGACUGUUGUUCAAAAUCCUCAUAUUCACAAAAGCAGCCAAAAAAGAACUUACCCCGCUCCCCCCUACCGCAGAGAAAAACCCUAACAACUGAAGAUAAUAUCUCUUUUUUUCAAAAGGUUAUGGCGGCUACAUGAAAAGAAAGCCAACUAAAGAUGGCCGCUUCACCAGAAUACACUAAAGAACAACUGAACUAUUACAGAAUUUGCUUUGUAACAACUGAUAUAUUAACAGAGGGUCUGCGGUCUGUAUUCAAACAAGAAUGGAAUAGGCGCUACAAGGCUACUCUGGGAGAGUGGAAAGAUGACCCCAAAAGUGGGAUGGAUUUCUAUAACAGCGAGUCGCCGCGGAAUCAAAAACGAAACGCGCAUCUACUGGUGACUAUAAAAAAUGGGGUUAGAGCCCAGUGGGACUGCACUAUGCUUUUUUACGCCAUUCUUUACUCUGACUGUAUUGGAAGAGGUCUCAGCACAGCAGUCAAGACUAGCGUAGACGUUCUAAGAAAAUUCAGAAACGAAGAAUUCGCUCACAUGCCACGAGGCUUUCUAACAGACGCAGACUUUCAAACUGCCAUUAGUCAAGUACGUGGUGCAUUUCAAUCUCUCGGCCUUUCCAGCUCCACUAAGCAGAUAGAUGACGUCAAAAAUCAGACAAGUUUUCCCACGGAGGAGUUAAGACUCAUCAUGAAGAAGGUUGACGAUCUUGAAGAAGAACUUCGACAAGAAAAAAAACAACGAAAAGUUCUUGAAGAUCAGCUAGAAAAAGAAAUCUCCCCGUUUUGCGUACUUCCUCCCAAGCCUUCACAUCAUGUGACAGAACGGAAUCGCGAGGCAAAUGAAAUAACAAAACAGCUCAAGGAGUUAAAAGAGGCUAACAAAAAUGACAUCAGUUACCUCUACAUCUCUGGGAAUCCUGGAAGUGGCAAAUCACAGUUGGCAGGUCUCGUAGCUAAGCGCUUUUUCGACGAAGCAAUGGCAAUUCCAUCUGCUGCCCCAUGUGUGAUGACGUUAAAUGCUGCAAGCCCUGAUUCACUUCUGGAGUCGUACGCUUCCUUCGUUCGACAGGUGAGGUGUCCUGAAUAUGCAGUUACAAACACCCUUAACUCCAGGGAUAUUAAAAUUGAAGAGAAGAUCGCAAAUUUGAAAACGCUACUUGCAACGAAAAUCGAUUUGUACACCACCUGGCUGCUGCUGGUGGACAAUGUCUCUAGUAUGUCUUGGGUCCAUGCCUAUCUGCCAGAACGCGGAAACGAACAGUGGUCGAAUGGCCAGGUGCUGAUUACAACCCAGGACGUUAAAUCCAUUCCUUCGACGAACUCCUUUGUUAAGCAUCUCUCUAUAAGCAGAGGUAUGGAUGUUGAUGAUUGUCGUUCGUUAUUAGCGGUGCUAUCUGGUAUCGCUGACUGUGAGAUGGGGAAAGAGGUAGCGAAAACGUUGGACUAUCAACCUCUUGCAUUAGCAAGCGCUGCAACUUUUGUUAACCAGGUUCGACAGAACAAAGCCACUUCCACCUUCCACUGGGUCGACUACUUAGAAAAAGUGCAAAGAGGACAACGAAGCACCACAGAAGAAUUUCUUGAACAAAGCAAUCUAAGCUACCCAACGUCCAUGACUUCAGCGACAACACUUGCUGUUAAAAAUGCGAUGUUAUCCGACAAAAUUAUAGAUCAAACGUUCACUUUGCUUUCUCUGUGUUCCUCACAACCGUUAAGCUUGGACAUUGUAAACAGUUACAUUAUCAAAGUGGAUGAACAAGCCGCAGAUAAAGAGUCGAUUUGCAUGAGAAUCAAGAGGUGUUCGCUUGUGUUAUUUGAAGAGGACCAAGACGUAGCCUUUAUUCGUGUACACCAGGUGGUGCAUGAUGCCAUCAAAAAUUUAGUGAAAGAACAGUCGGAGAAACAAAAACUACAUCAAACAGCGAAUGCAGCUGUGACAUCAUUUUGUCAGUUUAUUGAUGCUUUUCCCGAGUACAACCGACUGUACGCAGAUACCGUACACAUUGUCCCGCAUUUAAAAGCCUUCAUUAUGAUUGACGAACCUCUGUUCUCAGGAGAAAACGCAUGUUAUGUCACAGAGGAAACAAGGUUAACAGAGUAUGCUGAUUCAUACUUAAAAUGUGGCGUGGUUUGUACUGAACACUGUGAGUUUCAUAUAGCAGGAAAGUACUAUGAAAGUGCACUUAGCAUUCUUUUGAAACAUGUCAGCCCUAAUCAUACUAGAGUUGCAUCGAUUUACAAUCGCUUGGGCAGUCUACACCAGAAAUUAGGUGACCUUGAUCAUGCCAAGGAGUUUCAUAAUCGUGCUCUUGAAAUCAAGCUAAAGAAGCUGGAUCCUGACCAUUUUGAAGUUGCAGCUACUUACUCUCACUUGGGUUUUAUACACCUGGGAUUGGGUGACCAUGAGCAGGCAAAGGAGUAUCAGGAUCGUGCUCUAACAAUAUACCUCAAAAAGCUCAGUCCAGACCACUUUUUCGUUGCAAGGAGUUACUGUAACUUGGGAUAUACUCACAAGAAGAUGGGUGAGCUGGAGAGUGCGAAGACGUAUCUGGGCCUUGCUCUUGAAAUUCAGCUUAAAACAUGUCCUGACCACCCUGAUGCUGCAACUACUUACAGAAUACUGGGCGAUGUACACUGCAAACUAAACGACCUUGAGCAAGCAAAGGAGUAUCAGGAUCGUGCCCUCGCCAUUACGCUAAAGAAGCUGGGUCCUGACCACACUAACGUUGCAACUAUUUACGCUCAUUUGAGUCUAAUAUACCGCCAAUUAGGUGACCUUGGGCGUGCAAAGGAGUACGGGGAUCAGGCUCUCGCCAUUUGGCUACAGAAGCUUGGUCCUGACCACAAUUAUGUUGCAACUGCUUACUAUAGCUUGGGUGUUAUACACCAGAAAUCAGGCGACCUUGAGAGUGCAAAGGAGUGUCAGGAUCGUGCCCUCGCCAUAAGGCUAAAGAAACUGGGUCCUGACCACACUGAUGUUGCAACUACUUACUCUAAAUUGGGUGAUAUACACCAGCAAUUAGGUGACCUUGAACAAGCAAAGGAGUAUCAGGAUCGUGCUCUCGCCAUUAGGCUAAAGAAGCGGAGUCCUGACCACACCGAC